CUAAGUGCGAUGUUUUCAGUUAGAUUCUGAUCAAGAACGAUCUAUCUUUAGUACGAUACUGCAGGAUGGAUCGAUCAUGUUCAUUCGGAACUUGCGUGAAAUUUCUUUCGAAAUGAUUGGACCUGAAUCUAAAAAUGAGGUCAGAAAGUCUUGAUUCAUUUGAUUUGUUUUUCCGAGCGCAGACUAUUGUAGUAGGAAGGCCAGAGACGGCUUCGAAGCAACGCCAGAAAAGAUAAUUUUUUAAAAAUCGCCAGCCACAAUGGUAUGAUAGAUAUUGCGAACAUUAUCUGAAACUACAYGUAUUCAUCGUGUCGAUCAAGUAUUUUAUUUUUUAUUUCAUAAUUCUUUUUACGGGCUCGGUAUCUUUCUCAUGGACAGGUGUGUUGUAAAUGGAUCACGCAUUACUGCCCGACUACAACAAACGAGUCCUACUUUUGUGACGRCAUUCAGCUUUGUUCAUUGAAUAUUUGGGAUUUCAGAACACAACUUUUCUUYUCUUGUGGYAAUGGUGCUGGGCGUAUCCCUCUGUGUUACUUCCCAAGUCGCAACAAACGGCGGUCGUCAUCGAUGUCCGGAACGUUGCAGUUCCCGUCGUGGGYAACAUCGAACAAGACCGAGGUGGAAAAACCCUUUUGCUUGGCAAUGGCCCUGACCUCCUCCACCAGAGCAUCGCUCGGAUUGGGCUGGCGGGUGAAGAUCCAUAGACCGGAGUUGUUGAUCCCGUCGCCGGUCUUGCAGCAGGGGGAAUUGCCGUCGGCCCCGCAGCCGGAGUUCUCCCCUUCGACGAGGUUGCUGGGUUGUCCGCCGGAGAUGAGGGCGUAGCCAUCGUCUCCCUCUCUAUAGUCUACGAYCCAGUAGGGGCCUGCAAAGUAUUUCGGCAAAAARCAGGGUGCAACCUUGAGCUGGCUGGGAAUAUUGCGGUCGUAGUCGGCGCAGAGGUUCCCCCCAAUSGAGUUUCCCGACUCGUUUUCGGCGUAGUUGAAGACAUCGACGGUGUAGCCCCACCAGGAUCGGGGUCUGAACCAACUGAAGGCUGUGUCUUCCUUGCGCUUGUACUGGGCGGUGACACAUCGGUUUUGCUCGCGGCUGGUGUACGUGUUCUCGGCCUGCUGCUGGACGUACCAGGGGGCAGAGGCGUACUGAUCAAGAUCAAAAUUUUCGACGGUUGUCACUGGAAGGCAUGYCUGUGCACUGACGCUGGCUCCCGAAACAGCGAGUGCGAGAGCAGAGAUUASUGGAUUGGUGUAUUUCAUUGUGUUUGGUUUGUUAUCUGCUGGAUGGAAUGCGUUUGUUCGCGAUGCUUUUGGAAUUGUGGGACAAUGUGGUUUAUGAACUCAUCGCGAAAGAGACGACUGCUGUGGUCCCUUGCCAAGCUUUUUGCAAAGAGCCAUUAUUCCACUUGAUSUUGUCGUGGGAGUUAUUGCUACCGUUUCUAUUUUGAGUUCCCUACUUGUAUCGYACAACUAUGCAUUCUC